AUGAACUCAGACGCUGAACGCAUCGAGCGCGCCCGCGCCAAGAAUCUCGCGUACAUCCGCGAAAAAGAUAAGCGUGAGGAUUCUCAAGCCAUUGACGAACUCUUGGCCUCCUCUGUCGGUUCUUCAGUUGCUAGUAGCUUAAAUGUCAAGCGACCAACAUUGGCGUCAGGAGGAAUAAAGGGAAACAAUAGCAGCGUCUAUAUUACGGGCCUUACAACAUAUAUGGCCUGUAGACAACUUGAGGGCGCAUGCGCUAGGAUUGGCAAAGUGCGGCGUAUCAAGUUUUAUAAGGAUGAGAGAGGAGGACUUAAGGGUGAUGCAGUGGUGACAUUUAGCUCGCGUGCCACGAUGAUGAAGGCUGUUGACACGCUAAAUCGCUUUGAAGUUAAACCGGGAGUCAUUAUCACAGCGACAGAAGCGACUUUCUCGAGCAAAAAGGCAAAGAAUACUGAAGGGAGUACGGAAAAUGACGGCGACGAUCAGGCGAAUACAACAGCAAAAGCAUCCGCGCCAUUGAAGACUAGUUUAUUCAAGGACACGCUGCUUUUGGACGUGCCGUCGUGCUCGGUGAUCCUUAAACAUGUAUGGGAUUUACUUGAUAGGAGCGAUGCUGAAUUCUUUGCUGAAUUGGAGGAAGACAUGCGUGUGGAAUGUACCAAGCAUGGAGUAGUAGAGCAUGUUCAAGUUGUAGCGGACGGGUCAGUGGUUGUGCGAUUUACAAAAGUAAACGCAGCUGUUGCGUGUCAGAAGGUAAUGGACGGGCGGUGGUUUGACGGACGCCAGAUCGAGGCACAAUUUAUUCAGGCUACGACUGAAGGCCCUCGCGAUGCAGAUGCCAAGGUUAAGGCGUUCUUGGCGUCUCUUGGAGAGUGA